AAGGAAAAACCAGAAAAUACCAUGGGUAUGCUUUUGGCGAGGCAGGAUUUUCUGUGCAUAUGCCAAAAGCUGAUGGGACUGAAAUAUUAAUAGGGGCACCAGGUGUUUUUAAUUGGAAAGGUGGAGUAAUUCGUUAUAAGGUUAGCUAUGAAGAAAUGAGCCUCCAUCAAAAAAAUUUGAAUUCGAUUCCUUAUACGAACCCGACAAUACCAAAUACUUACUACAAUUCGAGAAUUACUUACGAUUCUUUUUUUGGGUAUUCACUGAGUUCCGGAAUAUUUCUCUCAGAUUUGCCUACUAAGCGUUGGUACGUUGGUGGCGCACCAAGAGAUGCUAAAUAUAAGGGUCGUGUUUUUUUAUUCGAUUUGCGAGACAAUACCGUCACAUCCAAACAGGAUAUACUUAUUAAGAAAGAGUUUGAGGGUCAGCAAUUGGGCGAAUAUUUCGGAUCAAGUGUAUGCGCGACCGAUGUAAAUGGUGAUGGAUUGGAUGAUGUUUUAAUUGGAGCACCCCGGAAUUCUUUGGAUAGUGCCUUAAUGGAGAGUGGCGAUGAAGGCAGUGUUUAUGUAUUUUUGAAUAAAGAUCUUUGGCAUUUUCAAGAACAACUUAAAUUACAACAUAAAGAAGAAUCCCGAUCAGAAUUUGGAACUUGUAUUUCUUCCUUAGGGGAUUUGGACUUAGAUGGCUAUAAUGAUGUGGUUGUUGGAGCUCCUUACGAGGAUGAUGGAAGAGGUUCAAUUUAUAUUUAUUUGGGCAGUUCGAAAGGUCUUAGACCUAAACCGAGUCAACAUAUUCGAGCCAUUGAUGUAGAUCGCAGUCUAUUUGGAUUUGGGAUAAGUGUCUCCAAAGGCGUGGACAUUGAUAAAAAUUAUUAUAACGAUUUGGCAGUUGGAUCAUAUUUAUCUGACAGUAUAGUUUUAUUUCGAGCCCAACCUGUUACUCGUUUAAGUGGGAAAAUUAUGCCAUUAGUGUCGGAAAUUGGAUUAAAUACAACUGAACUUUUCAUAAAUGUUUGUGUUAUUUAUAAUGGAAGCUGUGUACCGGAAACGGCAAAAAUUGCUAUUAAUGUUCAUGCAGAUCCGAUAUAUAAACGAGCCUCCUUUAUUGCAGAUAAUAGCAAUUUUAAAAAUGCCAUAAAUAAAGUUAUAGAUGUUAAGGCAGGAAAGGAAACUUGCCUGAAAGGACUAUCAAUGGAUAUUAAGGACUUAUCACAAGAUUUUUCGAAACCACUUGAAAUUCGAAUGCAGUAUUCUAUACACGAAGAAAAAAGUAAAAUUCAAUCGAGUUUUUGCGCAUCGUGUCCGAUAAUCGACCCUUCCACAAAAAACAUCGUUAAUACAUUCGUACCUUAUUCUACGGGUUGUGGAAAUGAUUCUAGUUGUUCCCCAGAUUUAAAUAUAAGCGCUUACUUUACAAAUAUAAGUGACCCUUUCGUACUAGGGACGAAGCGAAGUAUAUUUUUAAAUGUAUUAAUUAACAAUACAGGAGAACCAGCAUUUUUAACACGUCUGUUCGUAACAAUAAACGAUGAUAUAAGCUUUGUUGAAAUUCCAAAUUAUUGCAAUGAUCAAGACAAACCAAUUGUUUGUGAAAUAGGCAAUGUAUUUUCUGCAGAAAUGAAAACAAUCAUUUUUGAAAUUGAUGCAUUUAGUAUGAAAUCUGAUAUAAAUAAAAUCGAAAUUCAUUUACAAAUUGAAAGUGCCGGACAAGAUCAAAAUGAUACAAAUAAUAACUUUUUUAUGAUUUUACCCGUAACAUCCGUUGCUGAGCUAAAAAUAACCAGUAAAUCAAUUCCUGAACAAUUAUUAUUUAAAGAUCAGAAGGGUAACUUAAAAAAUAAAAUCGAUCCAAUAAGUCAAGAAUAUAUAAUCCAAAAUUUAGGGCCAAGUCCAGUUGGAAGUUCAUUUGUACAUUUUUAUUUUCCAAUUUCCUAUGAUAAUCUACAAUUAUUUAAUAUCAUGGAACCUGAGGCUUCGAUAGGAACACAAUCAAUUAAAUGUAAUGCUAGUAAGCCAGGAUUUAUUGAGGAUUUUAGUGAAGACGAUCCGCUGUCUUAUGAAUUUUCUCGAAUUCGAGUUCGACGUGAAAAUAUCGAAGAAACUAAAUUAAUGUACUUGGAUAACGCCUUAAAUGAUUCAAAUUCAGCAUUAAAUGGUAAAGACAUUCUGCAUAUGGAUGUUGGAGUUGCUAUUUUACCUUCAGUUACGCUCAAUGUUACAAACAAUGGUCGUGUAUUUACAAGUCUGGGGACUACUUUGAUAGGUUCGUUACCAGAUGAAGGUAUACCACAUUUUUGGAUUGUCUUAGCGGUUGCUGUUGGUUUAUUGUUACUGGUAGCCAUUAUUUCUGGAUUAAUGAAGUUCGGAUUCUUUAAAAGAGCAAAGAAAGAUGAAUUAGAUUUAUUGAAAGAACGGUCGUUUGAUUGCCAGUUUCAUACAAUUAUUAAUGAUCCAUCGUUCCAAGACGGUUCAUAUUUUGGAUAUACAGUAGAGUUACGGUCAGGUAUUAAUGGAUAUUCUCCAAGUAUUGUCAUUGGUGCACCAAAAGCGAAUUCAUCAUAUAUUGAACAUCGAAAUAUUAUGCAACCUGGAGUUGUUUAUCAAUGUAAUAUUGAUAAGAUUAUGGAAAUAAAUCCAUCUUGUUAUCCACUUUUACUGGAUCCAACAGGCGAUGUAAACGAUACUACUUCAUCAGCACCCGUAAAACAUCACAAAGGUUAUUCAAUGCUUGGAUUUGCCAUAGAUGGACAAACAUCUCGUGGUGGUCGAUUUGUAGCUUGUGCACCUCAAUGGAUAAAUCAAUAUUACUUGUCAGCUAAAUUCAUAUUAGGUAAUGGAAUAUGCUAUUGGAUUCCAGAUACUAAAGACUCCAAUCAUACUGCUGAGAAAUUAAUGCCUUUAAUUGCACCAAAUCGACAAAGCUAUAUCGUUAAAGGGAGAAAUAAUACUGGAUAUGCUUAUGGUCAGGCUGGAUUUUCAGUACAUAUGUCGAAACCAGACGGAUCCGAGCUAUUAUUGGGUGCUCCUGGUAUAUAUAAUUGGAAAGGCGGAAUUAUUAUCUACAAGGAUGUAGAUUACGAAUUCGAAGCUAGAUCAUAUCUUAACGUAUCUGUUCUAAAUUCAUUUUACAAUAGAAGAAUCCUUCGGGACUCUUAUUUUGGAUAUGCAUUAGGCUCUGGAGUAUUUUUAAAAGAAUUUCCAACAAAACGAUGGUAUGUGUCUAGUGCCCCAAGAGCUAAAUAUAAAGGCCGUGUAUAUUUAUUUGAUUAUCACGAAAAUAAUCACGACUAUGAUAUCAAGAAAGAAUUUGACGGACAACAAAUUGGAGAAUACUUUGGUUCAGGUUUAUGCAUAACUGAUGUCAAUGGUGAUGGCCUUGAUGAUGUGAUUAUUGGAGCACCACGAUACUCCCUGGAUAAUGAGUUUAUUGAAACGGGUGACGAAGGCACAGUUUAUGUAUUUUUGAAUUUGGAUAACUGGCAUUUUCAAGAACAACCUAAAUUACAACAUGUCCAAGAAACACGUGCACAAUUUGGAUCGUGUAUUUCAUCCAUUGGGGAUUUAGAUUUAGAUGGUUAUAAUGACGUGGUUGUUGGAGCUCCUUAUGAAGAUGAUGGCAGGGGAUCUGUUUACGUUUAUUUGGGUAGCAAAAAAGGCUUAAAGCUUAAACCAAGUCAACAUAUUCGUGCUAUAAAUGUAGAUCGUAAUUUAUACGGCUUUGGAAUAAGUAUUUCCAAAGGAGUGGAUAUUGAUAAUAAUUUUUAUAAUGAUUUAGCAGUUGGAUCAUACUUAUCCGAUAAUGUUGUUAUAUUUAAAUCACAACCAGUAAUUCGACUUUUUGGUAAAGUUAAUUCAUCGAUUCACGAUAUUGAUUUAAAUACAACUGAACUUUUUGUGAGUGCUUGUGUCGGUUAUAAUGGAGCAUAUUUACCGGAAAAUAUUCAAAUUUUAUUUAAUAUUCAAGCAGAUCUUGUUUAUAAACGAGCUAUGUUUAUUGAAGACAAAAUAUUUAAAAAUAAUUUAACAAAGAUUGUGAAUGUUUCUAUCGCAAAUGAAGUUUGUAUGGCUUUUCCACUUAAACUUAAGGACUUUUCCGAGGAUUUUAAGGCACCACUCGAAAUUCGAAUGCAGUAUUUUUUGUAUGAGGAUAGAAGUAAAGCAGUUCAAUCGGUAUUUUGUUCAUCAUGUCCGGUGAUUGAUCCUCGUGAUGAAAAUACUGCAAAAUUGCUUGUUCCUUAUUCCAUGGGCUGUGGAAGUGAUAAGCAAUGCACACCUGAUUUAAAAUUAAAAGCGUCUUUUAUGAACAUAAGUGAUGUCUUCAUAUUUGGGACAGAUAAAGCAAUCUACUUAAAUAUUUCGGUCAAGAAUGACGGAGAAACGGCAUUUUUAACAAGCUUACAUGUAACACCACUAAAUGAACUAAGUUUUGUUCAAAUUCCAACUUAUUGUAAUGAUCAAUACCAAACAAUUAUUUGUGAACUUGACAACGUCCUUUUUCAGGAAGAUAGAACAAUCAUUUUUGAACUGGAUGCGGUGAAUAUUGAUACCAAUUUGGAAGCCAUCAAAAUUAAUUUAACUGUACAAACUUCUGGCGAUGAUCAAAACGAAACGGAUAACAAUAUUUUGGCAGUUUUAUCGUUAAUGUCAGUUGCAGAAUUAAAAAUAAUCAGCAAAUCAAUUCCUGAACAAUUAUCCUUUAAAGAUAAGAAAGGUGUCAUAAAAAAUAAAAUCGAUCCAAUAAGUCAAGAAUAUAUAAUCCAAAAUUUAGGUCCAAGUCCUGUUGGAAAUUCAUUUGUCUAUUUUUAUUUUCCAAUUUUUUAUGAUAAUCUACAAUUAUUUAAUAUCAUGGAACCUGAGGCUUCGAUGUCUGAAACUCAAUCAAUCAAAUGUAAUGCUAGUGGGCCAGGAUUCAGUGAAGAUUUUAUUGGAGAUAAUGAUGAUGAUUUUACAUUAGAUGAUGAAUUAUCUCAAGUUCGAAUUCGUCGUGAAAUUAUCGAAGACGAUAUUUUGAAAACUUUUUAUGUAAAUGAAAGCAGAAUUGAUUUGCCAAUAAAUCGAACAUUAUUUUUAAAUUGUUCGGAAUUGUCUGUAAAUACUAUUUGUAUAACUGUAACAUGUGAAUUGGGAUUGUUAAAAACUAAUGGAGUUAUUAAAUUUCUCAUUCAACCAAUUUUCGAGAACAUCGACGAAGUUUUAAAAUACAAAGAUAUUUUACAUAUGGAUGUAAACGCUGUUUUAAGGCCUUUAGUAAAAUUGAAUUCAGUAAAUAAUGGUGUGGUAGCGACGACAUUAGGAACAACCUUAAUAGGUUCAUUACCCACAGAAAAUAUUGCACAUUUUUGGAUUGCAUUGGCAAUAGCACUUGGAUUGUUAUUUUUACGUUUUAUUCUUUCCUGUUUGGUUAAAGUUGGCUUUUUUAAACGCACCAUGAAACAUAAAUUAGAAUUAUUGAAACAAGGAUCAUUAAUGAGGAGAUGGAGUCUUAGUCGACGAAAUAGUAUGAAAAAUGAAAAAAAUAUGAAUAAUAAUAACAAUUAUUAUAAAAAAGCUGUGGAGUUGUGAUUUUUUUUAUUGUUUCAAUAA